CCACCCGAGAGCGAUAUGGAUGCUUUUGAAGGAAUUCAUAGUGUCCAUAUUUCUUCUUCACCACCUUCUGGACCUUCUGCAAACCCAGGAUAUGAAGUCCUUAAGCUGGGGAGAUCAGGAAUAGCAGUAUAUUCCUCUGCAAUCUUUUUCAGUACACCUGAUGUCCUGAAAGAGGUAGCACCCAGAUACCCAGAGUCCAACAGGGCGACUGAAGAGCAUGGCUGUGCUGUUGGAAGGCUGGUAGAUCUGGAUCCAGAACCAGUACACAAACUAGAAGGAGGUAACCAGCCUGACCCAAUAUCGGGCAUGGACGAUGGCAGUUUCUCCCGGCUUCGGAGUUCUUCACUGGAAAUUAGAGAAAAGGGCUCCGAGAUCCUCAGAGAACAGCUGGAUGCAGCAAAGAAGGAACUGAAGCUAAAAGACAAGGAGUGUGAGCGUCUGUCUCAGGUCAGGAAUCAGCUGGAGCAGGAGCUGGAGGAGCUGACCGCCAGUCUGUUUCAGGAAGCUCAUAAGAUGGUGCGAGAUGCAAACGUCAAACAAGCAGCAGCAGAGAAACGGCUGACGGAGGCUCAGGGGAAGAUUGAUGUUCUGCAAGCAGAGGUCACCGCCCUCAAGACCCUGGUGUUGACAUCAACACCUUCUUCUCCAAAUCGCCAACUGCACCCACAGCUUCAGUCGUCAGGUACGAGGGGAUCAUACAAGCAAUUUGGGGGUCACAUUCACAACAAGAACACGAGUGGUUCACUUCCACCCUCACCUGGAACGUUGGAUGCUUCAUCAAUUUUACUUCAACCAGUAACUCAAGAGGACAGAGAGAUGGACUUGGUUCUAUAUACAGAAUUUUUGACAUGGAAGGAAAAGCUGAGUCUGGACCACUCCUCUGCCUUCCUCAGUCGCAUCUACAGAGAGGACAUCAUUCCCUGCCUCUCCUUCUCAAAAUCUGAGUUGUCACAGCUGGUGCAGAGUGCAGUAGAAAGCAACUCAUUGACCAUCGAGCCUGUGGCCAUGCCGGCUGUGCCGAUGGUUAAGGACUCGGCUGUCCAGUGUAGUGGGCCUAAUGGCUUUAGAGCAACAAUAGCAACAAAAUGUGCCUUAAGCGGAAUGUCCCAAAUUUGUCACCACCGCAUCAAACUUGGAGAUAAAGAGAGCUAUUACUACAUCUCUCCGUCCAGCCGAGCUCGGAUCACGGCUGUCUGCAAUUUUUUCACUUACAUCCGUUACAUCCAGCAGGGCUUGGUGAGACACGACGGGGAGCAGAUGUUCUGGGAAGUGAUGCGACUGCGCAGAGAGAUGACUGUGGCCAAGUUAGGCUUCUACCUCACUGACCAUAACUAGAAGACCAGCAGCUGGGUGGCAUAAUCCAAGAAACUUGGUUAUUCAGACAAGUAUGGGAUAAACUGUGCUAACAAACAGGCUUUGUGUCUGUUUAUGUAGCAGUAUUAGUGGCAUGAUAAAGGUCAGGCAACAAGGGAAGAAAAGCAAAAAGUACUUUAGUGCUACUUAUUAAUAUGCAGUAAGAUGAUUUGUCUUCAUUCAGCAUGGGUUGUAAGAAGUGAAAACUACCAUAGAUAUUCUUUCUGUAUUUGUAAACAUUUUCAGAUUCUACAACCCAAAAAAAGCCUACAAUCAUCAGCUAACUCUCUACCACUUAAGAGAAUCAUUUAAUUUUUUCCCAUCUUGUGAAGUCCAAACAUCUACAGUGGCUUACACACAACUCAUGUUUCAGCAUUAAUUUGUAAGCACAGUUUCUCUUCCCUCAUCUGUCACAAUUUUAAUCUGAAUUAAUUGUGAACGUAUACAAAUAACACUCCUGCCAAGGUGUUUGUUUACAUCGUGGCCUUUAUUUAGAUGGCACACUUUGCACUAUAAAUUCUCCAUGCUGCCUGUAUAACAACGCACAUGCAGGUAGGUAGACUUUUUUUUAAAAAAAUUGUAUUUUUUAUUUUUUUGAAGGAACAGCUUCUUUGCCUCGCCUGAAGGCUGUGUAGUCAAAUAGUGAUGUACGAGUUGUUGUUACACUCGUAGUUUUACACUCGUGUUACACUUGUAGUUGUUACACUUCUAAACUCAAACAAUACCACUUUCUUGUUGGAAACUGGGGCUUUAACAGAUGAAGUUAUGCAGACAUAUUGUUUACUGUGGUUUUGUCUGCAGUGUGUACUUAUGAUACAAGUGAUAAAUGAUUUUGUAUGAAGCACA